AUGCUUCCAUGUUACUCACUCCUUUUGGCCUUUAUUAACGUCGUUUCUUGCUUAGAAUCAGAGUUCAGCCUGAAGGGAGAUUACUUAUUGGGUGGGCUUUUUCCUAUACAUGAAGGUAAACCUGCAACACAUCUGUUCACCCCAGAAGCCAUUGAAUGUUUCAGAUACACUUUCUCAAAAUCUGGCUAUCAGAUGUUGCAAGUGAUGAGGUUUGCAGUUGAGGAGAUUAACAACUCCACAACUCUUCUUCCCGAUGUUUCUCUGGGCUAUGAAAUCUUUGACCACUGUUCUGACACAAAGAAUUUCCCUUCAGUUUUAAGUUUUAUCUCAAAAAAUGGAUCAAUAAAACCUAAAGUAAAACUCAACAACUACGAACCUGAAGUGAUUGCUUUAACAGGGCCAUAUGGAAGCACAACCACUAUAACUAUUGCACCGUUGAUCACAAUGGACCUUAUUCCACUGGUGAAUUAUGGAGCUUCCAGCUAUUCGUUGAGUAAUAAACUCAUGUACCCGUCUUUUGUAAGAACGGUGCCCAGCAACAAAGACCUGAUACAUAUGAUUAUUCAGAUCAUACAGUGGUUUGGAUGGAACUGGGUCGCCUUUCUUGGUGACCAAGAUGAUUAUAGUGAAGAUGGCUUAAGGCUGUUUAACACGUUUAUAAGCAACUCUGGCAUUUGUCUGGCCUAUCAAGAGGCUUUGAGCCAAAAGACAAACUACAGUCUAACGUUUGAAAUGAUUGAUAUGCUUAACGUCAAUGUCAUCGUUGUUUUUGCUGAACAGCAGUAUGCCAGCAACAUUAUCAAAGCAGCGAUAGCAAACGACGUUCGUGACAAAGUAUGGAUUGCGAGUGAAACAUGGUCAAUGAAUCAGCAGCUACCAAGGGAGCCAGGGAUUGAGAAAAUCGGUACAGUCAUUGGCAUUACAGAGCGAUUCUUGUCGUUACCUGGAUUCAAUGAAUUCAUCUAUAAAGAAAGGCGAUCAGUUGAUGAUGCUGGUCAUAAUCAUGGUAUGGGUGAAGUCAAAAGCCAGACAUGUAAUCAAGACUGCGAUUGCUGCACAUUGUUGACUGCAGAGGAGAUUAUAACUGAAAAUCCAACAUUCACUUUCGGUAUCUAUUCGGCCAUAUAUACCAUAGCUCACGCACUGCAUAAAGUCCUGCAGUGUGACGUGAAUGUUUGUGACAAAAACACAACAGCUAAGCCUUACAUGCUUCUUGAACAAAUAAAGAAGCUGGAUUUCCCACUCAAUGGCCGUCAGGUGAAAUAUGACGCAAACGGUGAUCCAACUAUCAGCUUUGCGAUCAUACUCUGGCAUACUGAAACAGAUCCUCCACAUUUUGAUAAAGUGGGCAUGUUUGAUACAUAUCCUGAAGUAACUUUUACCAUCAACAACACUCUCUUGCCCUGGCAUAACAAUGUUCCUUUCUCAAACUGUUCUGCUGAGUGCAAGGAAGGAUUUGCAAGGGAACACGAUAGAUUUCAUACUUGCUGUUUUCUGUGCAAAAAAUGUCCACGGAACAGCUAUGUGGAUUAUACUCGGGACCCCUAUACAUGUUUUCCAUGUGCUGAGAGUGAAUGGUCUGAUGAGGGCAGCAUAGCCUGUAAGAAUCGUUCUGUUGCCUACCUCCAGCUCACAGAAGCCUCCUCCAUCACUGUUCUGUUUUCCGCCACAUGCCUAAUGACGGUCCUCAUUGCCAUAUUUGUCCUUUUCGCCUGCAAUUACAACACACCUGUGGUCAGGUCUGCUGGCGGUAGCAUGUGUUUCUUGAUGUUAGCAUGUUUGAUCAUGUCUACCUUAAGCGUGUUCUUCUUCUUCGGAGAACCAACAUUUGAACAUUGCAUCCUUAGAAAUGUCAUAUUUGCAUAUUUCUUCUCUGUUUUUCUUUCCUGCAUGGCUGUGCGCUCCUUUCAAAUUGUUUGCAUUUUCAAAAUGGCUGCCAAGUUUCCUAGCAUGCACAGCCUUUGGGUCAAGCACAAUGGGCAGUGGCUCUUUGUCGGGUUUUUUUCAAUCAUUAAUAUAGUUUCUUGCAUGCUGUAUAUGACUGUCUCACCUCCCAAGCCCUUCAGAGACUCGGUAACCUUUAAAGAUCAGCUCAUUCUCAGCUGUGAGAUUGGGAACACUGUAACUAUUAGCAUGGUUAUGUUUAUAGCAUGGUUUCUCGGUUUCCUUUGUCUCGUAUUUUCGUACAUGGGAAGAGAUCUGCCUAAGAAUUACAAUGAGGCAAAAUCGAUAACCUUCAGUCUCAUCCUGUACUACCUGAGCUGGAUUGUGUACUUCACAACAUACCUCAUGCUUAAAAGCAAAUACAUUCAGCUUGUUAAUGCGAUGACAGAGUUAUCCAGCAUUUAUGGAAUUCUCUUCAGCUACUUCAUACCAAAGUCUUACAUAAUAAUAUUCCAACCACAUAAGAACACUCCGGCAUACUUUCAGACAUCUAUUCAGAGUUACACCCAAACCAUUAGUAGAACUUAA